CAGCUCAUCUCUGAACACCUUAACAACAUGGCACCAAAGAAGAUUGAACCAAAGAAACCCGACCCCAAAAAGCCAGAGCCUAAGAAAGAUGCUGCUCCGGCUGCUAAGCCAAUUCAACCUCCACAGCCACUGCCUGAGACGCCCAAGGAACCUCCGUUCGAUCCCAAAAGCAUCACUCUUGAAUACACCAGUGACCAGAUUGAAGAGUUCAAGGAGGCCUUCACCUUGUUCGACCGCACAGCAACUGGAGAAAUGAAAAUCACAUUUGGCCAGUGUGGAGACGUGAUGCGAGCUCUGGGCCAGAACCCUACCAAUGCAGAUGUGCUCAAAGUGCUUGGAAAGCCACGGCCAGAGGACAUGAGCACUAAAAUGGUGGAUUUUGAGACCUUCUUGCCAAUGCUGCAACAUAUCUCCCGUGCAAAAGAUCAAGGCAACUUUGAGGAUUUUGUGGAGGGGCUCAGGGUUUUUGACAAGGAAGGCAAUGGCACCAUCAUGGGAGCAGAGCUGCGUCAUGUGCUGGCGACACUGGGAGAGAGGAUGACAGAAGACGAGGUGGACAGACUGAUGGCCGGACAGGAAGAUACCAAUGGGUGUAUCAACUAUGCCUCCUUUGUAAAGCAUAUUCUCUCUGGAUGAAAGUGACAUUUAACCAUAAGGACUUUACUUAUGUUUUCUCCACUUUCUCUAUCCUUGCUAAACCUUUUUGUCCAUUUAGAGGUGAGCAUGUCACUUAGUCCGUGACAUUAUUUUGCUGUCAAGAGCAUCAGUUUAUGUUCAAUGAGAAAAUGUUGGCCGCAAAACCUAUGAUAAGUUAUUUUUAAUAAACACUCUGAAGUAUAAUGAAAUGCCAGUGAGAUAAUAUG